GAUAAGUGGCUCCUCACAGCAGAACUCCAGGGGAGCGCUUGAUUCCUCCACGGUGAGGGCAGCGCGGCUCAUGUUGGCGGCACAUUAAAACAUUAAAUAGCCGAGUUUUUUUCAGCCUGAGAAAUACGAUGUGUGGCGGGAGUGCGUGACGUAAGACCGAAAUGCGUGAGUCUCACGCUCAAUGCGUGACACUUGAGAGCCCUGGAGACAGUUAACAACAUUUCAACAUUUAAUAAUCUACGGAAAGUCUCGAUUUACACUUUAGCGUCGAUAAUGUUGGGAGGGUAAACACGUAGUCAGUGGAAUAGCGUUAAACGCCUGUUUGCGCAUGCGUACUAACAAUCUGUUUCAUUUGAACCUGUAAUCUCGCUGUGGGAUGCACAUCUUUAUAUACGUCAUCAGUCGGUUAAUAUGUAGUAGUUCUAACCGCGGUCAGGUUGAGUAACGCUACCUGAUAACUCUAAUAUUUACGUGUGUGUACUGACAUUUAAUUUAUGAGUUUAAGUCUCUUGGAACUACAUUUCCCGGUUGUCUCCCUCAGCUCGUCGGUUUUACGACAUGUCGUAAAACAAGUGUUAACGCAGCUAAACCGAGAUGGACACCGCCAGAGACGCCUGACACACUUUGUUUUGUCUUUAUCCUUUUACGGAACAAAUAAAACAAGGUAAGAUGCUGAUGUAGUGGCGCCCGGUGUCAGCGCACGGGACCGGAACCAUGGAGGCCAUGGACGAUGACAGCUCGGACAUGAAAGACGACCACAACCACAACUACUGCGCGAGCGGCGGCGGGAAGGUCCGCGCGCAUCCGAGGAGCCAGCUCUCGGUCCCGCGGUCCGCCGGUGCACCGGAGCCGGGGGCAGAGCCCGAGACCCGACGGGGGAAGCUGUGGCCCGGCAGCACCGGGUCAAAGUUCAUGGACUCUGAUUCCGGCAGCGAGAGCAGCGAAGUCAGCGAGGCGGACUGCGCGGCCCCGCCAGCCGCGGGCGACGGGACCUCCGGCCUGGACUCCACCUCCAAGUUCCUGCUCAACGCGAUGGCCGUGGAGGACUACCGGAACAACCACUGGCCCAAUCUGGAGAAGGCUAUAGACCGCCUGCUGAUCCAGAACCCCACGGACCACAUCUCUGUGUCUUAUGCACAGAUAUACAGCUACGUCUACAAGUGUGUCUGCCAGCAGCAUUCUGAGCUGCUCUACAGCGACUUGACGUUGAAAAUAACAAAUCACCUCCAACAGGUUUCCACUCAUCUCCAGGCCAGCCCGCCGGAGGACUUCAUCGAGAACUUUAACGUUGCGCUGACGCAGUACACGGCGUCUCUUCAAUGCAUCGUUCCUGUGUUCAUGUACCUGAACAAGUUCUACAUCGAGUCCAAGCUGAACCGAGACCUCCGGGAGGACCUGAUGAAGCUGUUCGCCGAGCACGUCGCGGAGAUCCAUGUGAACACGCUGAUGCCGCUCCUCAUCAAGGCUCACUCCAUGCCGUUCCAAGUGCAGCCGUCCACCAUGGCCAGCGUGGUGAAAGGCCUCCACAGCCUGCGGCCAGACUGGGCCCAGUUGGCCCCGCCUCUCUUCUCUGGGUUCAUCCCCCAGAUCAACCCCCCCGCCGUGGCGUCCCUGCUGCCCGACUACGCGGCGCACGACCAGGAGCUGCAGCGCGAGCUGCACCUGAGCGGAUUCCCCCGGUCGGUCCUCAGCGUGGAGAGAAACGUCCCACCAGGCGCUUCUCUUUUAAACGUUGUGAUGUUCCUGUUUUCUUUUGUCUUCCAGGGGCGACCAGUCUCGUAAAAGGGCCAGCGAGGACUCCUGAUGGCGGCGCCGCCACUGGGUUGGGAGGCUCCUCCUCCUCCGCCACCGCCAAGGUUAUGAAACGCUGGACAAAAAAACGGGAACGCGAUGCUGAGCUGCAGAAGCUUGAACUGACUGCACUGAGAACACAAAGAGCCCCCAGACCGCCAGACCCCCACCCCAGACCGCCAGACCCCCAGACCCCCAGACCGCCAGACCUCCAGACCCCCACACCUCCAGACCGCCAGACCCCCACACCACCAGACCCCCAGACCGCCAGACCCCCACACCUCCAGACCCCCACACCACCAGACCGCCAGACCCCCACACCACCAGACCGCCAGACCCCCACACCUCCAGACCGCCAGACCCCCACACCACCAGACCCCCACACCCCCAGACCGCCAGACCCCCACACCUCCAGACCUCCAGACCCCCAGACCUCCAGACCCCCACGGUGGUGCUGCUGUCCUCUGGGAUCCUCACGCCCCUCAGUGUUGUGGGGGUCCCCCUCCUCCUCCUCCUCCUCCUCCUCCUCUGAAGAAGAAGGGCCUUCACGGUGCCUUCUGAUUGGGUCUCAUUCCUAACCUUUUAACAUGGAAGUGUCUUUUUGAUAUUCUGGGCUCAGACUUUAUUGCUGCUAAUAACUGUUCAUGUGGCGAUGCUGCGGCUCCCUGGCUCCGCCCACUGAAGGGGGGGGCGUCCCCCCACCUCGACCAUGAUGCUCUUCUUCGUGUUGCCUUCACUGUGCCGGUAAACCGGAUCGUAUUCCCCGUUACGCCAAAGAGGAUUCUACUCGACGUUAAGACGCACGGGAGUCAUGACGACGGGGUUAAUGUUGCGUAACAUCUGAGCUCCCAUUGGUCGACUGUUUGUUUGGACUUUAAGUUCUUUGGCCAUCACUUGUCUGUCAGGGAUCUCACGACCGGCGUCGCGCUGUUUGACGCCAGCGUGUCCGUUGGUCCCUGAACUACACAGCCGACUGAUGGAGUUUACAGAAGUGUGUGUGUGUGUGUGUGUGUGUGUGUGUGUGUGUGUGUGUGUGUGUGUGUGUGUGUGUGUGUGUGUGUGUGUGUUCUGAACUCAUUUCAUGACUGAUGGGCACACGGGUGUUUCUGUUUCUCACUGUCCCAGAUUUGAAGUCUUGACCGACGUCGUGAUCAAAGGAGAAGACGAUCGCUGCAGAUGCCAUGAUGUUGUUGUUCUGUGUGACGUUCUCUCCAACAUGUUGACAACUGAACAGCUGUGAAUAAACUUCCGCUUUGGUGAAA